CGUAAAUGACAGUACGAAAAUUGUAACUAUCUUUGAGAAAUUUCCUUCGUGAUUAAGGACAGCAACGCGGACAGUGUCCAUCACCCUCAAAAUCUCUCAUUUUCUCUCUCUCCUCCUCAAGCUCUCAACAAUGGCGACCUCAACCUCGACCUCAUCAGCAGCAACAACAAAUCUCAUGCUAGCAAUCUACGAGAAGAAGACCAACUCCCUCGACCUCUACCGUCCUCUCCGCAACUACAUCACCUUCCAUUACUCCGAGCGCGAAGCCCAAAACCUCGACGACGAUCUCGAAACCGUCAAACAACUCCGCUCCGACAUCGAAAAAUCCACCGAUUCACCCCCUGCUAAGCGCGAUACUCUCCUCAAAUACUUCAAAUGCCUUUGUUUGAUGGAAACUAGGUUUCCCAUUUCGCCUGAUAAAGAUCACAUUAAUUCUCUGCAAUUCACAUGGUUUGAUGCUUUCAAGACGAAGUACAAGUCGUCGCAGAUUAAUCUGCACCUCGAGAAGGCGGCGGUGCUGUUUAAUUUGGGGGCUGUGUAUAGUCAGAUUGGGUUGUCUGUUGAUCGGUCUACGGUGGAGGGGAGGAAGCAGGCGGUGCAUAAUUUCGUUACCGCGGCCGGGGUUUUCGCUUAUUUGAGGGAUAAUGUGGCGGUGAAGGCGGCUGCUGGUGGGUCGGCGACUGUGGAUGUUUCGGUUGAGUGUGCUGGGAUGUUGGAGAGGUUGAUGUUGGCUCAGGCUCAGGAAUGUGUUUUUGAGACUAGUAUUGCUAAAGGGAGUACUCCUGGGGCUUGUUCCAAGAUCUCUCGUCAGGUUGGAAUAUACUAUGAAGAAGCUUUAGCUGCACUCAGUGUUCCUCCUCUUAACUAUCAUUUUGACAAGACUUGGAUAGCUCAUGUGCAGCUCAAGGCAUCUCUUUUUUUCGCUGAGGCUUGCUACAGGUACAGUUUAGAGCUCCAUGAGAAAGAGGAGAUUGCUGAAGAAAUUGCUAGGUUGAAGUCUGGGAUUAGUGCUCUAUCUGAUGUGAAGCGAUCGACUAAAGGAGCUCCUGCCCAGCUCCUGGAUGCUGUUAGUAAGCUUGAGGCAAGUCUUAAUCGCAAUCUGGAGAGGGCAAUGAAAGAGAAUGAUAGAGUGUACCUGCAAAGGGUACCACAAGCCAGUUCAUUGGCUCCUCUACCUGCAUUUUCAUUGGUAAAACCUGCGCCUUUGGAUGAGAUAGUGGAUGCGAGCAAAGAGAAGAUGUUUUUAUCUCUCGUUCCAGACAGCAGUACAAAAGCUCUUUCCAAAUACACUGAGAUGGUUGAUGAUGUUAUUAGAACCCAAGCUGAGAAACUGCAGCAGGGGAGCGAGCUAGCUAGAGUGAGGCUUAAAGAAAUGGACUUACCUGAAUCUCUUCUUGCUUUAGAAGGGAAUGUGAGCCUUCCAGAAAAUCUCAGAGAAGAUGUGGAAGCAGUGCAAAUUAGUGGUGGUCCAGCUGGACUAGAUGGUGAGUUACAACAACUUAGAGAUCUGAGAAGGGUCAAUCAUGAAUUAUUGGUACAGACAGAGGAACUUUUACAGAAAGAAGCUCAAGAGGAUUCUCAGUUUAGAAGCCAGUUUGGCACACGGUGGACAAGGCCUCAAUCCAGUACACUUACAAAGAACCUGCUGGAUAGGCUGAACAGAUUUGCUGCUAACUUAAAGCAAGCUGGAGAAAGUGAUGCUAGAAUUGAGCGUUCUGUCAAAGACCAUUCUGCCCUCAUGUCAAUACUUGAUCGCCAACCUAUUGAGGCUGCACUUCCUACUCUUGCAAAGCCAAUUAUGUCUUUGGAUGCUAAUGAGGAUGCAGUUGUUGGAGCUUUGAAGCAAAGUUUGAGGCAACUGGAGACUCUCGGAGCUGAACGGGCAGGCCUUGAAGAUAUGCUUAAAGAAAUGAAAAGAAAGGAUGACAUACUGCCAAAGCUGAUGACAUCCACUGGAUCUUAUGAGGAUCUUUUUAAGAAGGAAAUUGCAAAAUAUGAUCACAUCUGCGAAGAGAUUUCUAGAAAUAUCCAGGCACAAGGGCAGCUAUUGAUGCAAAUCCAGGCACAGAAUGAUCAGUUUUCUGCUAUCUUUAAUCUUGAAGACUUCAAGGCUUCUCGUGAGAAGUGCUUUAAGCAGAUUGAAGCUGCCAUAGCAAAGUACCGAGAAAUCAAGGAUAACAUAAAUGAGGGACUCAAGUUCUAUGUAACGCUUCAGGAUGCAAUUACGAAUGUAAAGCAACAGUGUAGUGAUUUUGUGAUGACCAGAAAUAUCCAGUGCCGUGAAAUGAUAGAAGAUGUGCAGAGACAAAUAUCAGGCCUCAGCUUCCAGGAUAGGAAUUCGGGUAAUCAAAGCUACCCGUCAGUAGGCCAAGCCCAUCAGCCUCCAAGAACAAUGUCUCCACAGCAAACAGAAAAUGUAGCUCCUAGGGCACAGCCACCCCCCUCCUAUUAUCACCCGUCUCCGCAACAAACAGAUGCUGGAAAUGUUUCUCAAGCUUCUAGACCUCAAGCACCUUCUCCUUAUUAUCAGCCAUCACAGAGUUCCUCAAUGCCUGGAUAUGCUCCUCCUUAUGGUUCCACACAAGGCCCCUCUCAGCAACCUCAUCCACCUCCGUACCAUGCUCCACCUUCAAGUGGCUCUCCAUACCCACCUCAACAAGGGCAACAACCACAUCAGCAGCCUCCGACCAGUUAUGAAUACGGGCAGCCUGCUUAUCCAGGAUGGCGAGGUCCAUAUUAUAAUGCACAUGGCCAACAGCCAUCAUCUUACCCUCGACCACCAUACACUGCUCCAAGUCCCUAUCCUCCUCAUCAAAGUGGAUACUACAGGCCACAAUGAUGUCUGCAUUGUGAUGCCAUGGUUUUUCUUUUGUUUUUACUGUUUUCGUCCAUGUCAGGGACUGCCAUAUGUCAAUAUUAUAUUGUAAUCACUUAUUGAAGAAUCCCACUUAAUGUAUGCCUUGUAUUUGAGAACUUGCCCCUUUAUGUAUAGGCUCUUAAUUCUUUCCAGGGUGUGCCAAGUGCUAAUAAUCAUUUGUAAAAUUUAUAGCAUCAUCUUUGAUGGUAGAUAUUUUGUUUGAAGGCAGUGUAUAAUACAACAAAGUUUUGAUUCAAUGAUUUUUUUUUUUUUUUUUUA